AUGUAUUUAAAUAGUAAUAGUAAUAACAAUAAUAGUAAUAGUAGUAGUAGUAAAAAUAAAAAUAGUAAUAUUAAGAAUAGUUCAAUGUAUGAAUAUAAUGAAGAUGUACAUGAUGAACAAGAACAAUCUUUAAAUAAUGAUAAUGAUCAUGAAAAUAAUGAUGAGAAUAUGGAACAUGGAUUCGAAGACGAUGAUAUGAUGGAAGGUAGAGAAUAUAAUGAAGAUUAUGACCAUGAAGAAGAGGAGGAAGAAGAGGAAGAAGAAGAAGAAGAAGUAAAUGCUGCAGAUGAGAAUAUGGAUAUAUCACAAUACUGGACUGAAGAAGAGGAUAUGGUGGAGAGGGAAGAGUUCUAUCCAGCAAUACCUGCCAGACCCUCUUACUCAGUGAGAGACUUCCACAAGGAGUACGGACAGCAUGAUCCCAGUGGUUUGGACGGUCAGGACAAUGAAGACGACGAAGAUGGUGUCGUACCACACGGCGAACGUCAUCCAGUCGAGAAAGAUAGUUCGUCGUACUUUGUUGACUCUUACGACAAUCAAUCGGAGAGUAGUAGCAGUGAUAGUGACGACGAGAGAGAUGAAGAAGAUGACGAUUCCGACGACGAUUCCGAUGAUUCUGACAGAGAGCUAUUCGUUUAUUACAACCAUGGAAAUAACAAAGGUGGUAAUUCAAUCUUGGGAUAUAAUAAUAGUAAUAGUAAUAAUGGUGGUUAUAAUACUGAUAGUAGUCAGAGUGACGAUGAACGUGAAGAGGGAGAGGAGGAAGAGGAAGAAGAGGAGGAUGAUGAAGAAGUUGGAAUUGUAAGAAAGAGUAAAGCUGAACUUGCAAAGGUUAGACAACAACAAGAUGAAGAUGAAUACUACGAUAGGGAUAUUGAAAGAAAUGACGAGGAAGAAGAAGAUGAAGAUGACGAAGUCAACAGUGUGAAUAGCAUGAAUAGUGUGGAGGAAACUGGAAACAAUGGCGAGAGUAAAUUCUUUGAUAUGUCAAGCUAUAAUCCUUUUGGACAAGAUAAAUCGACAGAGUAUCUUAGACAGUUGAACAGUCAUAGAAUGCAUGUCAACACUUCAGAGGUAGCACCAUCGUCACCUGCACAACAACAACAACAACAACUGGAUCCAACAGCAUCUCCUAGAAGAUGGGCAAUGAACAAACCACAAAUAAUAAGAUAUCAACCUAAAUUUGCACCACCUACUCCACAAAAAGAUGAAGAGGAAGAAGAAGAAGAAGAAGAAGAGGAGGAUGAUGAAGAGGAGGAGGAGGAUGAUAGUGAGGAAGAUGUUGAUACUCAGGAGGAGGUUGACACUGCCGAGGAAGUUGAUAGCGAUCGUCUCAAUGAGAUGAUAGAGAAACGCGCCGAUAUUGAACGCGAGUUGAAAGAGUAUCGUGAUAAGACCGAAGUGGAACGUCGUAGACUUCGUGAUUGUUUCAUUCACGCCAAGCAGAAUCUCAAGGAGAAGAUCGAGUUGGCGUCAAAGGAACUCGUUGUUCAACCUACCUCAGCAACUGCCAUAUUAGCACUGCAACAACUUAAACAACAUAAUAGUAAUAAUCAUAGUAAUCAUCAACCAACAACACAACAACAAUCAACUAAAUCAAGCUCAGACAAUGCCGAUAGAAUAUUCAUUGAGAAUCAAUCGAUGAAGGAAGAGUUGGAAGAUAUCCUCUACUCUUUGGCAUCACUACAACAAAAGAUUAAUGAUAUGGAGCUAAGUUUGGAUUCAAACGAUCGAUAUCCAUCCAGUCCAAAGAUAUAUCGUAACGAUAGUAACAGUUCGCUCUCAGAUGAAUUCAUCCAUUUGAAACAACAUUUAGAAAACGAAAGAAAAGAAAUGCUAUUGAGAGAUAGAGAGUUGGAAGAUAUAACUAAACAUCUGUUGGAUAUGGCGUUACAAGUAUCGAGUACUGUCUUUUUAAAUUCGAAAUCAUCGUCGUCAACAUCGUCGUCAUUGUCAUCCGAGGACAGCUCUCAACAUUCAAGGCAACUUGAGAAAGAAGUUGAAUUCUAUAAGAAUCAAAUCAUUGCUUUGGAAUCAAGAUUGGGUCAAUGGAAAUAUCAUAAUGAAAUGUUACAUAUUGAAUUAUUAAAGGAUAAACAAAAUAAUUCAGAAGAACUUUUAAAUCUAUCUUCAAAGAUUGAAAAAGUAGAACAGGAAAGAGAUAAGUUGUGUUUGAGAAUCGAUCAGUUGGUUGCCGAUUUGGGUGCCAUGGAAGGCAAAGAAUCGAUGUUGUCGAGCAUGGUCAAUAAUUUGACUAUCGACAAGGAGACGUUGUCUCAGACACUGGAGGAUAUGGAGCGUGACCGUGACGACUUGAUGAGCAGAUUCAACCAGUUGGUUUUGGAGAUGCGUGAGAUGAGCGAGUCUGCUGUGUCACAGUUGCAAGAGAUCAUCGAAGUCAUGACAUUCGAGCGUGAGGAACUGCAAGACAAGAUAAAGAAUGCCGAAUCCGAGCGGAAUGCACUCAUCAAGAAGUUGGAGCUGCUCACCACUCAAAUCGAUAGACUUCAAUUCGACAAUGUUGAUUUGGUCAUUAGAUUCAAACAGACCAAUGACACCAACAGCAAUCUUCUGCAACAAACGGAAGAGACCAUCAAGAAGUUGGCAGCCAGUGAAUUGGAGUGUAAUCAUCUGCAGAAUCAGUUGAACAUUGCCAAUAACAGGCUUAGCUGGGCCGAUAAAGAGAUUGAGCGACUCACCAAGGAGAUGAACCGACUGGUGAAUGCGUCGUCGCUGUCCACGUCGGGUGAGCAGCCCGUCACAUGGAAUGAGAGUAACCUCAAGAUUAGAACAGUGUUGGAAGGUGUGAAAAACAAGGUUAUGUCCAUGAAAGACAUGUUGGCAAAAGAGAAGCAAGAGAUUCGUCAACUUGGCGAAUGUUUGGAAUUGGUCGUGCAGCUUGGCAAGAAGAAUUCCAAUCAGACCAUAUCGACGCUACGUGACUACAUCCUCAGAGAAGCGGAAACAACCAAAGCUGGAAUCGCUUCGAAACUCAACCAAAUCACAACGACAACGACAUCGAUUGACAGCCAGCAAGAUCAACAACUUAUUUCCACUGAUAAUGGCAGUCCCAACAACCAGAUUCCAGUACAAUCGACCACUAUUACCACUACUACCACUACACAAUUCAUUGAUAGUUCAUUGAUAUCAUCGCCACCAACCACCACCGCCGCCGCCACUACACCCACUCAAACAUCACCAAUCACAACAACGAUCACCACCGGUGUCAGAGAGAUACAUUCACCCAAAUUCGAUACUACCACUAUUGAAUCGAUUACAAUUGAUCCAACCACACCAGACAACUCAAGCUCAACAAACCCAACUUUGAAAUUUGUUGUCGAUGAAAGUGAUAAUCACCCAACCUCUACUGUAACACCAAUACCAAUAGUAACAAACAAGCAACAAACAACUAGUAAUAAUCAAGUUAAAAGAAGAGAACAUUCAAACAAUAGCAAUGUUUAUCACGGUGAUUCGAUUGUAUGUGUACUAAAAGAAUCGAUGGCAUUUGGAUUGAGCUCCUAUUGCUCGUCAUUCUUCUUCCAGUUGAUGCGAAACAGUGCAACCAAUAUGUCAGACAUCUCAGAGGCAAGUCUGAAGUAUGGCAUUGGUGCAAUGGCAUUGACUGGAAUCAUAAGAACCAGUUGGAUUGGUGUUAAACAAUUGUUGAUGAAACCAACAACAAAAACAGUCACCCCAAUUCCGAGCAUCACCGACACACCGACACCAGGUGAUCUCGAAUCGGAAGAAUCCACUGAAAUUCCUCUACUUCUUCAAGAUGAACCACCAGAGUCACUCAUAAAAGAUACAGUUGUAUCAGGUGCACUUGGUGCUGCUCUAUGUAGCACUGUAUUAUACUUUAAACACAAAAAACCAGAAUUACUACUCACCAGUGCAAUGAUUGGAUUUGGUAUUGGUGGGGCAUCGAGAUUCUUCAUCAGUAACAACAACAGCAACACUAUUAAACACACCAAUAAUAAUACCAUAAUGUUUUUGAUUUUUAACCUCGCUGUAAAAGGUUUUUUUGUCUAUUAA